UUAUCAGCAUGAGAAAAACAGCUCAAGCCAACGAAAUAAAACUUAGUUGUGGUGCGACUGCCGAAGCUGAAACAUGUGGCUGCUGCGCGGAGCGUUCGUUUGUGGCCUACUGACCAUGGCUUGGGCCUUUGGAGACGAAGCUAUCUUCGAGGACGAGGACAUCUACAAUCAGGCGCUGCCACCAGUUUCCCACUCGGGUAUUACGGUGCCCGGAACCAAGUGGUGCGGACCGGGCAACACGGCGGUGAACUUCGAGGAUCUCGGCCGAGAACGAGAGACGGACAGAUGCUGUCGUGCCCACGACCAUUGCGACGAGAUUAUCGAGUCCCAUGAUACACUCCACGGACUGCCCACCAACACAGAGUGGUUUCCCAUCCUCAUGUGCACCUGCGAGCAGCAGUUCAUCAACUGCCUGCAGGCAGUGAACAGCAUCACCUCCAAUACCCUUGGACGUAUUUACUAUGGCAGUAGGAGCAGGUGUUUCGCCAACGGAUAUCCCAUCACCGGAUGCAAGCAGUACCAGGAGGGCACCUUCCGGAAGCGCUGCAUCCGCUACCAGGUGGACAAGUCGAGGGCCAAGGUUUGGCAGUUUUACGACAUGCCGUUUUUCACAAUCCCAGCGGCGGCGGGCUGACGUGGGAUGAACGAUUUGUAAACGAGAAAGAAGAUUUUAUUACCUAAUACACAACGCAUUAAAUAUUACUAAAAAUAUUUUUAAUCUAGUUGGGUGAUUUCGGUAGAGCGUUAUCACUUAUUUGCCAUUAUAACAUACCCAUUUGAAAUGAUUAUUAAAACCCUUGCAACUGAGGUUGAAUAAAAAAUUUUAAUAAAAUAGAAAUUACAAACUGAUUACACAAAA